AUGUAUGGCUAUACCAACUAUAAUAAGAAAAAGGAGCAAUGGGAUUUUAUUCAUCAAAUUAGUGAAAACCAUUCAGGUCUUUGGAUUCUUAUUGGUGAUCUGAAUUUUCAUCUUACAGACAUCAAUAAUAGUUCUUCUUCUUCUAUUGAUGGUUUAGUUAAUAGCAUUAUUCAGUCUUGUGGUCUUGAAGACAUAGGCUUUGUUGGAAAAGAUUACACUUGGUCAGGGAACAAUCUAGGCUCUGGUACUAGAAGGUCUAGGAUAGACAUGGCCUUAGGAAAUGUCGAUUGGAACCAUAACUAUCCAAACUCUAAACUACUUCAUCUUACACAAUCUGGUAGUGACCAUAGUCCUAUUAUGCUUGUCACUAACUCUCUUGAUACUCGUUGUUGGAAGCCAUUUAAAUUUUUUCUAACUUGGUUGGAGGAUGAAACUUGUACUUCUGUCAUUGAAGAAGCUUGGAACAUUAAUAUUAGUGGUUCACCUGGUUUUCAAUUGGUUAAGAAGUUUCAAUCAGCUAGGAAGAGACUUUCAAUAUGGAACAUAACCAUCUUUGGUAAUGUAAAUCAAAGAGUUGAGGAGCUGCAAAAGGAACUUGAUGUUUUACAAUCUCUUCCUCCAUCUGAUGAAAAUCACAAUAAGAUUCUCUGCAUCAACAAAGAUUUUAAUAAGUGGCAUAAAAUAAGAAGUGAAUUUUACCAACAAAAGUCUAGAGAUCACUUCAUCAAGGAUAUGGACAACAACAGUAAGUAUUUUCACACUAAAACAAACAGAAGAAGAGUAAGGAAUAAUAUUGAUGCUAUACAAGAUCAUGCUAAUAAUAGGUUACUCACUAGAGAAGAAAUCUCUCAGCAUCUUACUUCUCAUUACAAGAGAAUAAAUACUUCUGUUCAAGUUGUUCAUGAUGAAGGUCUUUUCCUGCUUCUUCCAACCAUUAUUACAGAGGAUGAUAAUAACUUGCUGACUAGAGUUCCUUCUCAUCAAGAAAUUCAUGAUACUCUAAAAGGGAUGGAAAAUUGGAGUGCUCCGGGCCCAGAGGGUUUUCAAGCUGGCUUUUAUAAAAGUCAGUGGACAAUUAUUGGAGAUGAUAUUAUUGUCACAAGACUAAAGCCUCUUAUGGAGAAGAUUAUAUCUCCUUACCAAGCAGCUUAUGUUUCUGGCAGGCUUAUAAGUGACAAUACAGUUAUAGCUCAAGAAAUAAUACAUUCUAUGAAGAAGAAAAGAGAGUAUUUUGGAUUCAGUAAAGAUUUAUGUGAGCUUAUAUAUCAGUGCAUAAGUACUACUUCUCUGUCAGUAAUACUCAACGGAUCUCCCUGUGAAGAAUUUCUACCAACAAGAGGCAUCAGACAAGAUGACUGCUUGAUUUUCACUCAAGCAAAUCUUUCAUCAGUUAACAAACUCUUGGAGUUAUUACAUAAUUUCAGCACACAAUCAGGUCAAAUGAUCAAUUUUGAUAAAUCCUCGGUGCAUUUCAGCAAGAAUACCAAACCUGAAGUUGCUGAAACUCUCACACACAUAUUAGGUGUCAAAACUAUGCGUUCCAAAGAAAGAUAUCUUGGGUCUCCUUUGCUUCUAGGUCAUUCAAAACAAGAAGCAUUUAAAGCCAUUGAAGAGAAUAUUUUAAAUAGAUACUUUACAUGGUCUUCUACAUCACUCACACAAGUUGGUAGAUCUACAAUGAUCAAACAUGUUCUUAAUUCACUCCCAGCAUAUCAAAUUGGCACUUUUAAGCUCCCUACUCAGUUGCUCAACAGACUUUCAACCAUUCAAAGGAAGUUCUUUUGGGGUCAUAACUCUAAUAGAGGAUACAAUCCAAUAGGAUGGAAGAAGGUGUGCAAAUUCAAAUAUUUUGGUGGGUUGUCUUUCAGAGAUCUUGAAAAGCUAAAUUUAGCCUUACUCACUAAGUUGUUUUGGAGAUUAUGUACUGAGUCAGAAGCUCUUUGGACAAAAAUUAUGAGCAGUAAAUACUUCAAACAUGGAAAUAUACUUCAUCAAGAUCUUAAGAAAGGAAAUUGUUCUUAUACAUGGAAUGGAAUUAUCAAGGGUCUGCAGGUUGUUCAACAGAACUAUUUUAUGGAAGUAAACAAUGGGAAGAAAACAAAAAUCUGGUUAGAUAGGUGGAUUCCGGGUGAUAAUACACCUCCUCAUCCAAUUAAUGACCUUCAUAGAUUCUAUCAAGAUGUUGAUGAAUUAAUUCUUCCAAACACCAACAACUGGAAUGUGGAACUUCUUAAUCAGAUUUUCGACAAUAAUACUUCUCAGAAAAUACAUAAUUUAUUUCUGGAUACUUCUAAGGAAGAUAUCAUGGUUUGGAUGCCUGCUAGAGAUGGAAAAUUUUCAGUAAAAAGUACUUAUAAAAAACUCACUAUGAACACUUCAGAGGCUUUGGUAAAUGGAAGGAUCAUUCAACACAAUGUCUGGAAAAGGCUUUGGAAGAGUAUGCAAGAGCGGUCUGGAGAUUGGUCAAUGUUGAUAUUGAUGAAUAGAAAAGAAGUUGUGACGGUGUCUCAGAGUGGGUUGAGAAGUGAUGCUUCAUUUGAUGAGGAAACUAACACGCUUGGCGCUGGCAUUGUCUUACGCACUCAUGCGGGAACUUGUGAAGGGAUCAGAGGAUUCCACUCAGACGAAGAACUAAGUCUGGAGGCUGGAGAGUGCAUGGAUAUUCGAGAAGCUCUGCAGUGGACUCGAGAAAAGAAGUUCACAAGUAUUCACAUAGAAGCUGAUGCUAAGCUAGUAGUUCAAUCAAUCAUUGAUAAUGUUCUUCUUAUUCAAGAUGAUAAUAGAGUAGCUGAUGAAGUUGCAAUAUCUGUUAGAGAAUCAGCUACUCAUAUAAACCUUUUAAAUAACUUCUCUGAGGAUAUUUGUAGUCUCAUGGCAAGAGACAUUAACGCUUCUUCUACUUGA